AUGAACAUCCUGGACCUGGGAUUCUUCGCUGCCACACAGUCACUACAACACAAAACGUCAGCGCGCAACGUGGAUGAGGUGGUGGCGAAUGUGGAAGCCGCUUUCGUCGACUAUCCCUCCGAGCGCUUGGAUCUCGCCCAGCUCAAACAACUUGCCACCCAUGUGUCCCACAUCCUCGAAGAGCGCUGCGGGUACCUGCAAACCAGACACCACCACCACCAAAACGUGUACACGGCGCCCCAGGCGCAUUCGCAAACGUACAACAUGCCGACGGCGCAGUCGACGAUUCACAACACGCUGCUCGACUUGCUCAAGAAGACAGAAGCAACGGGCAAAACGCUGCAGCAAACGCAGCAGAGCAUGCUCAACGCAGGGCGCCAUGCCCCAUCAUAG